UUGGCUGUUCUCGUCAAAAUAAAUGCACGUGUGCUUCAUUUUACUUACUUUAAUUAAUAUUAUUUAAUAAAAAGGAAAACGGAAUAUAAUUUAAGGGUACUAAGACAAACUAUUUAGACUAUACAAAAUGCCUAAAUCAAAACGUGAUAAAAAAGUUUCACUUACAAAGACAAAUAAAAAGGGACUUCUGUUAAAACAAAAAACUAUAGAAGAAGUAAGAAAUUCUUUAUCAAAAUAUGAAAACAUUUUUGUGUUUUCCGUGGACAAUAUGCGAAAUACAAAAUUAAAAGAUUUACGUAACGAAUGGAAGGAUUCAAGAUUUUUCUUCGGAAAGAAUAAAGUUAUGGCUGUUGCUCUGGGACGAACGAAAAGUGAUGAAGUCGAAGAUCAGUUGAACUUGAUAUCGAAGAAAUUAAAAGGCCAGUGUGGUCUACUUAUGACAAACCGAGAUGUUAUUGAUGUGUUGCAAUGGUUCAAAGAUUUUGAAGACUCCGAAUAUGCGCGAGCAGGGUUUGUAGCAACCAAAGAUGUGAUAUUGCCAAAAGGUCCACUUGCAGAUUUUUCACACACAAUUGAGCCUCAUCUCAGAAGGCUCGGCCUGCCCACAUCUUUAGAGCGAGGUGUCAUCAAUCUUAUCAAAGAAUAUCAGGUUUGCAAAAAAGGUCAAGCACUAACACCAGAGCAGGCGAGCAUACUUAAACUCUUGGGUAUUCAAAUGGCAAACUUUAAAGUAGUAAUUAAAUGCCAUUGGACAAAAGGAAAAGGAUUCCAUAAAGAUAUUGAUGUACCUAGUGAUGAAGAAAGCGAUAAUGAUGAUGAAAAUAAUGCUAUUGAAGAUGUUGCUAUGGAAGACGAUGAAACGUAAUAUAAGUGCAGUGCAUUUGUUUGUUUUAAUUUUUAAUAUUCAUAUAAUUAAAGGACUAUAUCUGAA